UUCAGCCCCUCCCCAUCCUGUACUCUGACCAAUCAUGUGGACUUCAACAGGAAGCUCAGAGUAAAUCCUACGCGGGAAAGCUGCUAAAGUUUUCAUCUGUUUACCGCUGGACGAGGGAACGGACCCCCAACAAUAUCAAGUGGACGGAGAAAAGUGGGCAUCAAGACGUACGAGGAUGAAGGUGGUGACGUGUGAGAUCGCCUGGCACAACAAGGAGCCGGUGUACAGUUUGGACUUCCAGCACCACGGAGAUGGACGGGUCCUCCGACUCGCUACAGCCGGGGUGGACACCACAGUCAGGGUGUGGCGGGUGGACACGGGCCCAGAUGGGAAGGCGGUGGUGGACUUCCUCUCCAACCUUGCCAGACACACCAAGGCCGUCAACGUGGUGCGCUUCAGCCCGGGCGGGGAGCUGCUGGCCUCCGGAGGCGACGACGCUGCCAUCCUGCUGUGGAAGCUCAACGACCAGAAGGAGCCCGAGUCGUCCCCGCUGUUCCAGGAGGAGGACGACUCUCUGCUCAACAAGGAGAGCUGGAGCGUGGUCAAAACCCUGAGGGGGCACAUCGAGGAUGUGUACGACAUCUCCUGGACACGCGAGGGAACCUUCAUGGUGUCGGGGUCUGUGGACAACACCGCCAUCCUGUGGGACGUGGCCAAAGGUCAGAAGAUCAGCAUAUUUAACGACCACAAGAGCUACGUGCAGGGGGUGACCUGGGACCCCCUGGGGCAGUACGUAGCCACGCUCAGCUGCGACAGAGUGAUGCGGGUGUACAGCACUCAGACCAAGAAGAAGGCGUACUGCGUCAGCAAGAUGACCUCGGGGCCCCCCGGAGACGGAGAGACCAAGCCGUACCGGAUGUUCCAUGACGACAGCAUGAGGUCGUUCUUCAGGCGCCUCACCUUCACCCCAGACGGCUCCUUCCUGCUGGCACCAGCGGGGUGCGUGGAGGCUGGGGAGAACAUCACCAACACCACCUACGUCUUCUCCAGGAAGAGCCUCAAGAGGCCCAUCGCCCACCUGCCCUGUCCGUCUAAAGCCACCCUGGCCGUGCGCUGCUGCCCCGUCUACUUCCAGCUGAGGACCAAGCAGGACGACGACGGCUCCACGGAGGCGCUCCCCAACGUGUUCCAGCUGCCGUACCGCAUGGUGCUGGCCGUGGCGUCGGAGGACUCGGUCUACCUGUACGACACGCAGCAGACCCUGCCCUUCGCCCUGGUGUCCAACAUCCACUACCACACGCUGAGCGACCUGAGCUGGUCUGGAGACGGCCUCUUCCUGGCCGUGUCGUCCACGGACGGCUACUGCUCCCUGGUGUCCUUCUCCCCGGGGGAGCUGGGCCAGCCGCUGAAGGAGCCCCCCGUCCUGGAGCUCUCCACCCCCACGCCGGGCCCCGAGAAGAAGGUCAAGAGGUCCGCCGGAGCCAGGACAUCCUCCCCCGUAGCCCCGGCGGCCCCGCCCGUCAGGGAGGCCCCGUCAACCCCCCAGGCCCCCCAGGCCUCCCCCUCGCUGGACAAGAGGAGCCGGGGGACGCCGACCGCAGCCAGCAAGGCCCCGCCGCGGAGGAUCACCCUCAACACCCUGGAGGGCUGGGGGAAGCCGGCCGGGCCCCGGGCCCCGGCCGAGGGCCCCCAGACCCCCACGCCCUCCACGCCCCAGCCUCGCCUGGGGCCCCUGACCCCCACCGGUGCCAAGGGCCUCCAGGGCGCCAACUCUCCCGGGCCCACGACUCCCAAGGGGCCCUCCACUCCCAAGGGGCCCUCCCCCAGGCGCGUGGCCCUGACCCCGGUGGCGCUGCGCUCUCCGGCGGCCCUCUUCACGCCGUCCUCCAGCGAGAAGGCCCGGCACGAGCGGCCCUCCCCCCCCUCCGACCCAGUCUGCCUGCCCCCCGAGUCCAAGAGGCCCAAGACCACCGAGCCCCCCCCCAAGAAGGACGCCGCCAAGCCAUAGCGGCUCCCAGUGGCUACUGGGGGGAGGGUUGAGUGGGUACUGGGGGGAGGGUUGAGUGGCUACUGGGAGGAGGGUUGAGUGGGUACUGGGAGGAGGGUUGAGUGGGUACUGGGGGGAGGGUUGAGUGGCUACUGGGAGGAGGGUUGAGUGGGUACUGGGAGGAGGGUUGAGUGGGUACUGGGAGGAGGGUUGAGUGGCUACUGGGAGGAGGGUUGAGUGGGUACUGGGAGGAGGGUUGAGUGGCUACUGGGAGGAGGGUUGAGUGGCUACUGGGAGGAGGGUUGAGUGGGUACUGGGAGGAGGGUUGAGUGGGUACUGGGAGGAGGGUUGAGUGGGUACUGGGAGGAGGGUUGAGUGGGUACUGGGAGGAGGGUUGAGUGGCUACUGGGAGGAGGGUUGAGUGGCUACUGGGAGGAGGGUUGAGUGGGUACUGGGAGGAGGGUUGAGUGGCUACUGGGAGGAGGGUUGAGUGGGUACUGGGAGGAGGGUUGAGUGGCUACUGGGAGGAGGGUUGAGUGGCUACUGGGAGGAGGGUUGAGUGGCUACUGGGAGGAGGGUUGAGUGGGUACUGGGAGGAGGGUUGAGUGGCUACUGGGAGGUUGAUUGUCUGGAUUCCAUGAAAACAUGCAACUGAUGUACUUAGGAAGAUCUUGAUUAAAGGAUAAUGUCUGAGGUUGUUGUGUAGACCACCGAAGGUGUACAUGGUGAUGUUAGUUUGUUUUCUGCAUCUUAUCCAGCGGGGUAAUAGUCUGCCUCACCACUGUUCUCUUUAUGAAGGGUCUGAUUGUUCUCAGUUGUUGUAGCUUGUGUUUUUGGUUUGUUUAAUCAAACGUCUGUAUUAUAUUGUGUGGAUAACCGUGACAUGCUAUGAAGAUUUUGUAAAAAGAGGAUUUUGAAUUGUGUUUUUGUAGCUCAUUAAAAGUACGUA